UUUGCUCUCCAUUAAGUAAAAUGUUGUUGCAAUUACAGUAUUUGAGCCAGUCGUCAAGUCACGUAAAUCGGAGUAUAUUGAAACCAUCUGGAGUGUACACGAAGAUUUAGGGAAACAUAUAUUUAGGGAGAAUUGAUUGCUCUUAGGUCCAAAUCAAGAUGUUCUACACAUGUGGACCCAAUGAAGCCAUGGUGGUGUCUGGUUUUGGUCGUUCCCCUCCUCUAAUGAUCGCUGGAGGUAGAGUGUUUGUCCUCCCCUGUAUUCAACAGAUCCAGAGGAUCACUCUGAACAUCCUGACUCUGAAUGUGAAGAGUGAUAAGGUGUACACCCGUCAUGGAGUGCCCAUCUCUGUCACUGGCAUCGCCCAAGUGAAGAUCCAGGGUCAGAACAAGGAGAUGCUGGCCACGGCUUGUCAGAUGUUCAUGGGGAAGUCUGAGGCUGAGGUCUCCAACAUCGCCCUGGAAACACUGGAGGGGCACCAGAGGGCCAUCAUCGCCCAUCUGACUGUUGAGGAGAUCUACCAGGACCGUAAGAAGUUCUCUGAGCAGGUGUUCAAGGUGGCCUCCUCUGACCUGGUCAACAUGGGCAUCGGCGUGGUCAGCUACACACUCAAAGACGUUCACGACGACCAGGACUACCUCACCUCCCUUGGUAAAGCUAGGACAGCUCAGGUGCAGAAGGAUGCCAGGAUCGGAGAGGCUCAGUACAAACGAGACGCGGUGAUCCGUGAGGCCCAGGCCAUGCAGGAGAAGGUGUCGGCCCAGUAUCUGAAUGAGAUCGAGAUGGCCAAAGCCCAGAGAGACUACGAGCUGAAGAAGGCCUCCUACGACUACGAGGUCAACACCAAGAAGGCAGAGUCUGAGAUGGCCUAUCAGCUGCAGGUGGCGAAGACGAAGCAGCGGAUUGAGGAGGAGACGAUGCAGGUGAAGGUGGUGGAGAGGUCUCAGCAGAUCAUGCUCCAGGAGCAGGAGAUCACCCGCAAGGAGAUGGAGCUGGAGGCCAAGGUGAAGAAGCCUGCUGAGGCAGAGAGAUACCGUCUGGAGAGACUGGCUGAGGCUGAACGUGCACAGCUCAUCAUGGAGGCUGAGGCAGAGGCAGAGUCCAUCAGAACAUCGCUCACUUCCCUUAAUAUAACCCUACUUUCAGAUAAGUUCUCUCUCUUCCUGUUUCAUAUAUUAUACACAUCCUUAUUAAACAGUCCAUUUCCCAUUUGGAUAUAUUUUUCAUAAAACAACCACCCACCUGUGUCUCGUGG